UAGAACGUGACCCGCUGCGUCACCAACGGUCCGAGGGGCGGGGCUUCCGAACGAACAAAACGAAUCGGAGGACCGUGCAGACGUCUCCUCUGAAAAGUGUUUUUUUUUUUCCUCCAGUUCCCCUGAAGCGAAAGGCAGGUUUUCUGUGAUGCCGAUUCGCCGAGCAGCAGCGACUCCAUCACAGGAGAAGGCCCCCGCCGCGGCUGCAGACAAAGAGCCAGAAGCCUCAGAGGAGUCUCCUCCUGCUGAGGAGGAGGAGGAGGCUGAAGCUUCGGCGGCACCAGCUGAUGCUGAGGAGGACCAGAAAGCCGCCGAUGAAGAGCCCACGGAGAACGGCGAGAAGGUGGACGGAGGGGCCCCCGCAGAGGAGGGAGAAGAGGGCAAGUCCAAGAAAGAUGACAAAUGCGAGGACUGCGCGGCUGGACAGUGCUCCAAGCACUGCUAUGUUCUCCUACUAAGGAUGAAGGACGGCUACAAGUACAAGAAGUCCAGAACCAAGAAGGUGAAGCGGACGAUCCCUUUGUGGGCUAGCGUCGCUGCACACAAAAAUGUUCCCGUCACCAACUUUGCAGGAACGCAGCACAGAAUGGAUAACAUCCUGAUUGAGGCGUUGAGGGCUUCCAGUGACAAGUCCGGGAUUUCCUUCAAGUCCCUCAUGAAAUAUCUGCUGGAUAAACACCCCGGGAUGGAGCUCAGCAAGAAAACCUUCUUCAUCAAGAAAGCCCUGAAGAAGCAUCUGGAGAAGGGAACCAUCAAACAGCUGAAAGGCAAAGGCCUGUCGGGGUCUUUUGUCAUCGGAAAGCAGCCCGCCCCCCCAAAGAAAGCUCCCAAUAAGCUGGAGAGUCUGGGAGACGCUCUUCCUCUCAUCAUCACGCAGCUCUGCGAGCCCAAAGAGGCGUCCUACAACCUGAUCAAGAAGUACCUGGAGCAGCACUUCCCCAGCCUCAACAUCGAGAACAAACCCGAAUCUCUGAAGACGGCUCUGGUGAAAGCGGUGGAGAAAGGUCAUCUGGAGCAAAUCACUGGAAAAGGAGCUCGGGGGACGUUUCAGCUGAAGCGAGGUGGGAACAAGCCCCAGCCGAAGGGCAGCGUGCUGGAAGAAGCCAUCACCGUCGCCAUCACGGCCAUGAACGAACCCAAAACCUGCAGCACCACGCUGCUGCGCAAACACCUGCUGGACUCGCACAAAGACGUGAAGGAGCACCACCUGAUGGCGACUCUCCGGAGAACCCUGAAAAAGUGCAAAGUUCUGGGCUGGAUGGAGCAGAUCACGGGUCACGGCUUCACCGGGACCUACAGGCUCUCUUUCCCGUUUUAUCCCAGUCCCAACACUCUGUUCCCCGACAAGUUCAAAGAGCCCGCCGUGAAGACCCCCGCCAAACGCAGGAGGACGGUCGACUCAUCGGAAGAAGAGGAAGAGUCGGAGGAAGAGGAGUCGUCUGAGGAUGAAGCCCUGCCUCCAAAGAGAUCCUCUCAGAAGAGACCUCCACCCAAGGCGCGACGGCCCCCCCCUGCCAAGAAGGCUCGAAGCAGCGGUCCGGUGAAAAGUCGGGGGAAGGCCUUCGCCAAGAAGUCUCCGGCCAAAAAAGCUCCGCCUCCAGCCAAGAAAGCGGGCCGGAAACAGCCGGCCUCCAAAAAGGAGGCGGCACCCCCGAAGGAAACCCCAGUGAAGAAGGCCGCGCCCUCCAAAAAGCCCAAAACGCCCGCCGUCAAAAAGCUGAGCGCCAGGGGGUCCAAGAGGCCCCCGCCCAAGGAGUCGACCCCAGAGAAGGAUGACAAGACGGCCAAGAGCCGCUCCAGGAGUUCCAGAUCCGAGGAGUCGUCUCCUGAGGAGCCUGCAGCGAAAAAGCAGCCGGCCAAGGGCAAACGCUCCGAGCCCAAGAAGACGCCCCCCACGGUCAAGACGGGGGCGAAAAGCAGCAAACAGCCCGCCCGACAGUCCAAACGGGGACGACGCUGAGGCCGGGACAGACCACCACAGACCUCCCGCCUCCGUUCUCCCCCUCCUCCCGCGUUGAAGGGGCCGUAGAUUUUGUUUUUUUCUAUUGGAGAGUUAGAGCGUUUUUCUGCCAGUCCAUUAGCCGCGUCUGAGCCUUUCCUGAAGCUCCUCCCCCUUCUCCACCGAGCCUCGGACCAACUCGGGUUGCAGCCGCCGGGCUCCCCACGCAAAAGGAGCGCGGCGCCGCGACUCCUCUUUUUAUAGGUUCCUCCUCCUCUUUGUACUCGGCCCACUCAUCAUUUUCAGAUCGGAGGUCGACGGCGGCGGCCCCCGGAUUCUGACCGACCGUACGUUUCUGACUCUAAAGUGUUACGUUUUUUUUACGUCACUAAAUAAACGACCGUCUUUUGAAGUCCUGAAGUGUUGAAAGAGGAGCCCGGCUGAGGUUUUUCUUAAGGUUCCUUUAAAGGAGUGUAAGUUGACAUGAUCCGGUUUUAUUCUAACAGUUGUUACCAAAUGUGUUUGUGAAAAAGAACCAGGAAGACUAUCGAUAGCUCUCACCUACCCUGCAUGCAUGUAUUCCUUGUGUUGGUAAAGCUCUUUUUCCAAGUCAUUAAUAAAAUGGCUAUAUUUGUA